AUGAAACGUAAAAUCCAGGAAGCCUUGCAAACUACAAAUGCCAUGAAGCGGUCCAAGAAUGAAGAAGAAGUUUUCAGAAAGGAAACCACCAUUACCGCGGUUUCGGAUGAACUUGGCGGGGCCUUCACUGGUUUGAAAUCUCUUGAAGGCUCAAAAGUGACCGUGCUUAAGCGCAUAUGCGAGACGUUCAAACUUCAAGUUGCGAAGAGCGGUGGAAUCCAUCGACCUGCCCAUAUCAAACAAGACUAUAUCAACAGCAUCUUGAAACACCUGUUGCUACUGGAGGAUGACAGCAACGAGGCUCAAGAUUCCCCAUUAUUUGACAUGGACGUCGACGAUGACAGUAACAUCCAACGGAUCCCACAGGCUUUUGUUAAAGUUAGAGUCUACAAGAAUCUGCGCGAUUACUCUACGGAAUAUCUCGCUGAAGUGAUGGUGGAAUACAACAAUAACAUUGGGGUUAUGAUAGACGAUUUGAAGGUCACACUGGGCUCGGAUUCAAUCCAGGUAAGUCCUCCACCGACCUGGACGAGAGUACCCACCAAAAAUGGGGCAGGUCGUACACCCAAAUAG